AUGAUAUUUUUUCCAUUUUAUCUUCUGUUCAAUAUUCCGUUUUGCAAAGGGAAAACGAGCGAAUCGCUCGAAGCAAAUUUUUCUUGCAAAGGAGAGCUGACUGUGUUCACCUUCGGUGAUUAUAAGACUCGUACUCAAAACAGCACAUGGGAAAACAAUGUAGUAAAUGUCACUGUUAAAUCAAAAACAAGCCACUUGGCCGUGAGAUGUCGAAAUUAUCACCAGAAACCGUGGCUUAUAGGAAGUGUAAGCAACGGCCUAGUUACCGACACACGAUGGAAAUGUAUUGGUCUGAAAAGAGGCGAGUCGGCUCAGAUCCUAUUUUGGCGCAAGACAGCGGAUGUCAGCCAUUGGCCUCAGGCCUUUGCAAACCAUACAAAACGAGAAGAUAGUCUCUGGGGAAAGAUCUCGGGUAUCAGUGAGGACGCAUUAUGGAUUUCUACAGUAGAGGAAGAUCAUGUGAGGCUUUUUUGCCGGCGGAAAUUAUCUGAUUUGGCUCCAGUAAUGACAGAGGUGUUGUCUGAGGGGAUCUUUCAGGCUACUAUUAAUGAUGUAGGUCACUCAUUACGUAACCACACUCAGAGUCAGCAUCAAGUUAGCGACGUUAGGGAAUGUUUCGAGAAGUGCCUUGCUGAUCCCCAGUGCCUGUCGUUUAACUUACAGCAUGAUUCAGCACUACCCACAAGGAGUUGCGAGUUGAAUGGAGUAACAAAAGGACAAGAUCCACGGAAUUACGUCAGAAGGCCUGGUUACACAUACUAUGACAGAGUUUGAAGAUCACUGCUCGAAUCACAGGCAUACCACACUAUGUUGAUAAUUGUUCACAUGGGACGACAAAA